UGCUUCCGCUGCACUUACAGAGCGACCGUCUGGUCACACGAGUCAGCUGAGUGAACAGGGCAAAGCAGUGAGAAUGCGUGCGCUAACGUUACUAGGCUUGGGAACGUUGUUUUUAACUACCUCUUGUAAGGACUCGCAUAUUGAUAACUUGGAGGAAAGAUCCAGGCUGUCAGAUGAAGUCUCGCUUUGGCCACUGCCACAGCAAUUUCAGACGUCCCCAGUUGCAUUCAAACUCAGCGCUUCCAGAUUUAAAAUCGUUCAUGCCCCAGGCUCGACCGCUGGACCUAGCUGCAGUCUACUUCAAAAUGCAUUUCGCAGAUAUUUUAAAUACAUCUUUGGCUAUGUGAAUGAACAAGGACAACCCCGAAGUCGUGUGUUUGAUUCGGAGCUAAGGGAGCUUCAAGUGUUGAUAACAUCAACUGACCCGGAGUGCGACGCUUACCCGAGUCUUAAAACAGAUGAGUCCUAUCAGCUAGAAGUGGACCAACUCAAAUCUGUUCUUAAGGCCUCAAAUGUGUGGGGAGCAUUGCGAGGACUUGAGACAUUCAGUCAGCUGGUGUACGAGGAUGACUAUGGAGUCAAUAACAUCAACAAGACAAGCAUAUUAGACUAUCCUCGCUUUUCACAUCGGGGCAUCCUUCUGGACACAUCUCGUCACUACCUGCCGCUCAAAGUCAUUUUGGCCAAUCUGGAAGUCAUGGCAAUGAACAAGUUCAAUGUUUUCCACUGGCACAUUGUGGAUGAUUCAUCCUUCCCUUUCCUGAGUCGCACAUUCCCUAACCUCAGUCAACAGGGAGCCUAUCAUCCUUACACACAUGUGUACACCCCAGUUGAUGUGAAAUCGGUCAUUGAGUUUGCUCGCAUGAGGGGCAUUCGGGUCAUUGCAGAAUUUGACACUCCGGGACACACCCAAUCAUGGGGAAAGGGUCAGACUGACCUCCUGACGCCAUGUUACUCUGGCAGUAGUCCAUCAGGCACGUUUGGCCCAGUGAACCCUAUCCUCAACUCCACUUAUGACUUCAUGACGAGCUUUUUCAAAGAAAUCAGUAGUGUGUUCGCUGACGCCUACAUCCACCUAGGUGGAGAUGAGGUUGACUUCUCCUGCUGGAAGUCGAACCCUGACAUUCAGAAGUUUAUGGAGCAACAGGGCUUUGGCCAGGACUACAGCAAGCUUGAAUCCUACUAUAUUCAAAGGCUCCUUGACAUUGUAAGUUCUACCAAAAAAGGCUAUAUGGUCUGGCAGGAGGUCUUUGAUAAUGAGGUUAAGCUGAAAGGAGACACACAAAUCCAUGUGUGGAAGAUGAACCCACAGUACCAGGAUGAGAUGGCACGGGUAACCGCGGCUGGGUUCCAUACCCUCCUCUCUAGUCCAUGGUAUCUUAACCGCAUCAGCUAUGGCCAAGACUGGCAGGACAUUUACAGAGUCGACCCUCAGAGUUUCAAUGGCACACCGGAGCAAAAGAAGCUUGUGAUUGGUGGAGAAGCUUGUCUCUGGGGGGAAUAUGUGGAUGCCACAAACCUCACCCCUCGUCUGUGGCCCCGCGCCAGUGCAGUGGCAGAGAGGCUGUGGAGUGAUGAGAAUGUGAAGGACAUUGGCAGUGCUUACUCUCGUCUGGAAAAACACCGCUGCCACAUGGUCAGGAGAGGCAUUCCUGCUGAGCCUCUUUUUGUGGGCCAUUGUGGUCAUGAGUACAGUGGCCUGUGAGCACAAAAAGGGACUAAUGGAAUUACUACCAGAUGAAGAAAAAACAUAUCUGAUCAUCAACCUCCAAUCAAUAUUCCAGUGUGUUUACAUAUACUUGCAUCCGAUUUUUUUCAGUAAUCCGAUCAAUGUUUUUUCAUGCACUUGAGUAGUCAGUUGAUGGGAAAACUCUAGGUUUAGAUUAGACAAUAAUCAGAUUUCUACCUUGCAACCAACCAAUAAUCUCACAGAAUUAUGUGAUGUAAACUUCAAACUUCCUGCCAUGGCUUUUUGUCAUCAUGGACCCACUUUACCAGCAAAUAUGGACCUUUGGUUUUUAAUGGUUACUAAUACUGUGUAGUUCAAAUUUUUCACUUCUCUGAGCAUGUACUGCAUUUCAGAGUCUACCCAACAAAAGUGUUUAAUAGCCAUUUCGCAGAUGCUGCAUUUAAUUCUGCUAGCUGUGUCUGGGACAGCUCCGGCUAUGUUCGUGUGCGUAUGCAGACUGAGAAAUCCAAAAGAAAUCAGAGUAAUGGUAUGCAUGCACUGAGAAAUCAGAUUACUGAGCUAAAAUCCAGCUUUCUUUAUUGGAUUUCUUAAUAUGAUUACUGGGCCAUACACCAAUCUAGAUAGAGUAUGCUCUUUACAUAACCACUUGAAUAAUCGGAGAAAUCUGACAGAUUAUUAAGUGCAUAUAAACACACUCACUGAUUUUUACUUUUCACAGGAAAAUGCUCUACACUUGACCUGCACUUUAUAUGGUAAAAUAUGUAUCGUAUUUCUAGGAGGCAAUAUGGCAAUACCAAUGUGCAAGUUUCAUAAUUUUAGUAAAACGAAUGACAGAUUGAUUUUUUUAAAAGAACUGUGAAAUGUCAUGUUUGAGAAUUCCUAUUAAAUAUUUUGAUGAACUUAUAGUCCA